ACCUCCUGUGCUGACAGCCGCAUGGCUGUCAGUAUCAGUGAGUGUGCCGCUGGAUCGCUUAGGCGGCCGCCCGGCACACUCACUGAUCCUGACAGCUGUCAGCACAGGAGAUGGGGCCGCCGGCCGCAAGGUGAGUAUUCACCUCAGAGUGUGCCGCCGGACCGGCCACCCGGCGGCACCGACAUGCGGCCGGCGGCCGCGAUAUUAUUAAAGUAA